ACUGCGCUGCCCAGGCUGCCGCGGGGCGCCGCCGCGCGCAGGCGCGGCCCGGGUGGGUCCGUGUUGUUUUUGACGGCGUCACUGGCGGCGGUAGCCGGGGGACGCUGCUUCGCGCCGAGCCCCGCGGCGGGCUGCGCUCAGUGUGCUUUGAAAAUGUCUGAAAAUUCCAGUGAUAGUGAUUCAUCUUGUGGCUGGACUGUCAUCAAUCAUGAGGGUUCUGAUAUAGAGACAGUGACUUCUUCAGAAAGCAGAAGCACAAAUGAUAACCAUGAGCUUGUUUCAGAAGAAUAUGUUUCUUUGCAAGAAGAGGAGCAACCACUUGAUUUGCAAGCUCAGUGCAAUGAUGAUGGAGAGAUACCAGUGGUAGAUACUACUCUGUCUGCUUUUGAGGAAACUCAAACAGUCCCAGAGGAAAAAAUCCCUGAUGAUGGGGCCUGCAUUGGAACUAUUAGUGAUGAUUCUGACAUUGUUACACUUGAUGCUCCAAAACCAGAAGAAACUCCAAGUCAGGAGGAAGCUCCAGCUGAUGGUGAAGAAGCUCAGAGUUCAGAGGAUUUUAACAUGGGUUCCUCCUCCAGCAGUCAAUAUGCAUUUUCUCAUCUAGAAACUGUUUUUUCAUCUCAGGCUAGCAAUGAUGAAUCAAGUAGUGAUGAAACUAGUAGUCAGUCCAGUCCCACAGUACGAAAACGUUGGGCUAAGAAGAGGCUGAUCUCCAGUUCUGAGGCUGAGAGUGGGUCACCUGCUGAACCAGAGUCUGAACCUCCCAGAGAAGAGCAGCACAAACGCCAGUUCAGUAGCGGCCUCAACAGGUGCAUCAUACUGGCUUUGGUGAUUGCCAUCAGCAUGGGCUUUGGACACUUCUAUGGUAAACUUGAAGGUACAAUACAGAGCCAGAAACGUCAGCAGCUAGCGACCAAGACACGUGAAUUAAAAGAUAUCAAAGAUGACCUUUACCAGUGUCAACAAGAGCAAGGCGAUAAAGUAGGGUCAUUCAAGGGAGAUCUUGCCAUGUGUUUGGUCUCCACUGAAGUGGAGAAGAAAUCCUUUGAAUCUCAAAAAAAAAGUCUUGCUGCAGAAAAUCAGCACUUAAGAGAAUCUUUAGAGAAGGAAGAAAAAGCUUUGGCCUCACUUCAGGAAGAAUUAAGGAAGCUAAGACAACAAAUUAGAAACUUAGAAGAUAAAGGUACUAGCGCAGAGUCUAUUGUAAUGGAAAAUCAGAAACUAAGGGAGCAUUUGGAAGAGGAAAAGCAAAGAAACCACAACUUUCUUAGGCAAAAGGAAACGCUCUUUGCAGAGGCACAGAUGUUGAGGAGAGAACUGGACAAAGAACGUCACGUUACAGAAGCUCUAAAAAAAGAACUGGAACAGUUAAGUUCUCGUCAAACACCUGACAAUGCUGCUGAUAUGUUAAGAGACGAUGAAGAAAUAGAAACUCUGCGAGGAAGACUAGUAGAACUAGAAAAAAAGCUGAACUUUGAGCAACAACGCUCUGACUUAUGGGAGAAGUUGUAUGUUGAAGCGAAAGACCAAACUGAAAAACAAGAAAUUAAUGAAAAGGGACAAAAGAAAGGUGCUAAAGGGCAAAGUAAGGCUAAAAAGAAAUCGAAGGAUUCAUUUUUUGGUUCAGUUAAAGAAACUUUCGAUGCUAUGAAAAAUUCCACAAAAGAGUUUGUAAGACACCAUAAAGAAAAGAUCAAGCAGGCUAAAGAAGCAGUGAAAGAAAACCUGAAAAAGUUCUCUGAUUCUGUAAAGUCUACCUUCAGACACUUCAAAGAUACCACAAAAAAUAUCUUUGAUGAAAAGGAAAAGAGGUCAAGUGAUAAAAGGCAUGAGGCAAACAAGAAAGCUCGAACUUUUUACCAAGAACAUAACUCUUACGAGAAUCUGAAGCACAUGCAUUACAGGGGACCUAACAUGCCAAAAGGGUUCAAAGAUGGAAGAAAACAUCAGUUUACAACAUUUGAAAAAGACACAGAUUCACAGAAAUGUCUCAAUGAUCCUUUAUGUAGUAGAAAACAUCAGUUUGUCCUAAAGGGCUGCUCUGGUAUUUUUGAAUGUGCGCAUCAAGAAUUCAUCGGUCUCUUUAACACAGUAUCAGAUCCUAUCAGGGUGGAUGAAUUUAAUCGGCUAAUGAAAAAGUAUUUGCAACAAGUUGUACAUAACUUUCAUCACUGGAGAGAACUAGAAAAUUUCAUCAAUAAGUUUUUCCAUAAUGGGUUAUUUAUACAUGACCAGAUGCUGUUCACUGAUUUUGUUAACGAUGUCAAGGAUUACCUGGAAGAUAUGAAGGAAUACCAAAAUAAUAAUGAAAAUGUUUUUGAGGAUUUGGACAAAUACAUCUACAGAUACUACUUUCAUUAUGAUUAUUCACCCCAGUAUGGACCCAGUCGACCUAAAAGGCCUUCUUUUACACAAACUGAAAAUUCCAGACAUGAAAAACAAGCUCAGAAGUACCACCACCGUAAUAAAAGAGAAGGGCCUGAGGAGAAUUCCAUAAAAUACUACUUGACCGUGUGGAGUAUUUGCACAGAGGAGAGGGCAUACGUGAAUGUUAAGUAAAUAUCACUGGAAUGCUAUCUAUACUGUGUUAUAGACUAGAGGGUUCAGUAUUAAUUUAAGCUGUGUUUUAAAAAGUUGUGGACAACAACUUUCAAAAAUCUUAUCUAUAACUCUCCCAUAACUUAUAUUGUAACCUGACCUCAAAACUAGUUUCUUUCACCUUGCAGUUAUCAUACCUGUUCUAGCACACUGAAGAAGAUCAAGUGACUGGGUAAUAAUGUAUCAUUGUAGAACUCCUUAGUAAGCCAACGAAGUGGAUUAGAGUAAAACACAUCUGCUUCAUCAAUAUAGUUCUCCUUUCCGGUUAGGUCUGGGGGACACUGAAGGAAUCUCAUUUUUAGAGGACAGUGAACAUGACUAAGGAGAAAAAACAAAACGAACACUUCAGGAUAAACUGACCAAUAUGUAAGUUUUGAAAUUACUUUUUGCUUAAAGAUACCCCAAUCAAACCCAAAAUUGAAUAAUUAGGUAUUUUUUACCCCAGAGUAAUAUUUUCUUGCCUUCUGUACUUCAUAUGAAAGCAAAAGUAGAACAGGUGGAUUCAGUUCCAAGCUGAUGUGACUGUUAGUUCACAAAAAGCAGAUUUAUCUUAAUAAAAGUACUAUGUGCAUAACAUUAGUUUUUUUAAAAGGUACUUUUCCAUAUCAGCUUCACUGUUUUUAUCUGCUUUAAUGUUUUGUUUACUUGCCUUGGUCCCUGUAUCUUGCAAUUACUUCUGCCACUACAGAGUAAAGAAAUGUAAAGGCAAAAUUAAAAGAGUUUGACUGUAGCAAUUAGUCUUCAGUUUUGCUACAAAAGUUACCAUAGUGAAGCAAGUAUAACUUACUUUCAGAAGUCCUAAGACUUAACUGCAUAUCCUCAUACAAAGUCACUUUACAAAAACUGAAAAAAUUAGAUGCUGAAUUUAACUCUGUAGUAGAAGCAUUUGGCUUAUUAACCCUACUCACUCUGUAUGAACUGUAAGAAAAAUCAAAAGAAAAAUCAAAACUGUAUACAUUUAUCUAUUUAUUAAGCUUAGGAGAAACAAACAAGUAUCUUAAUUUCUGCUUAAGCGUAUGGAUUUUAAUGUAGUACAUUGUUAACUAUUUUAGUACCUGUAAAGUGGAGUAGAGUGGCACGGCAUCAUGAUGAACACAAAAGCUUGUGACUGGUAGGGGGUAUUACAGAGUUGCUGUAUGUGACUCAUAACGUCCAGAGGGCCUCGUUGGUGGAUCAAGCCUGUAUACAGGGCUGGCAGCAAGUUGGAUAAAAGCAGGAAACUUACUGCAGAUUUCUUCCAUGCUUUUAGGUGUUUCAAAGAAUAUCCUAAGGAAACAUCGGAGUAAACAUUUAGAGAUAUACAAAUGCUAACAGUUCUGCACGGUAUUUUUCAAAGUACCAUAACUUACUAGAAAACCAUUACUCAGUUGAUACAAAUACUUUGCUUUGAGGUAUUUUCAUACAGUGUUCUUUCAGUCUUACUCAUUGAGUGGAAAUUCAAAGGUUAGACUUUGCCCUUAUUAAUUCUUGGAUUUCACAAUGUAAAUGUUAAGCCCAUACGUGACUUUUGCAGUACAGGAGUACUAUUUCAAAGCCAGUACUUUGUCCCUUCAGACCUUAAUUUUAAUUUCUUGUGGGGAAAAGUAGCCCAUUCAGUAGUUUGGAUGAAUGAUAUAUGGUGACUUACCAAUACGUUAUGAUUCAUGCAUGUCAAAGUAGAGCCAUAAUAAAUGGUAACUACAUGUG